UAAAUCUAGACUAGAGCUAGAUCUGUGCAGUUUACUUGCAGUUGGGAAGAUAGUCUCAUCCAGUGAAAGAAUGAGAAAUAUCUUUAUCCUUCUAUGCUACGGAUCUGUAGUUUGGGCGCAGAUAAGUUUUCAAGGUUCGGGAUCAUCUUCAGGCUUCUCUGGGUCCUCUGUUAUAUACACAGGAUCAACAGGGAGGGUUUCUCCAGGUACGUCAGGGGGUUUUCAAAGCAACAGUAGGUUUGGAGGAUCAGAUAGCUCUAGAUAUACGUCCAGCAGCUCCUGUUGUAAACCUGCCUCACAGUGUGCCUCUAGCUUGCUCUCAUCUUCAGAUAGAUUGAAAAGUUCAUGUAAACUCUCUGAUGGAAGUUUUGGUUUAUGCUGUAGUUCUGGAGGAUCAAGCAGUGGAUCUAAAUACCCCUUCACACCCGCAGACCAAUCUAAUUUUAGCAUUAGAAGUGCUAGUUUAUCCAGUUCCCAGGUGUCUACAGCUGUCAGAAGAGGGCUGAGUUUUGUUGACAAUGCAACCCUGUUCUCAAACAAUUUUGCGUCUCCGGCUCGCAGUACUGGUGCGUUCUAUCAUGCCAGGUUUCAAAGACAAGCACGAUCGGAAACCGGUUUACAGGGGAAAUCAGGGUUAAUCCUGGAGCAGGUUGCACGAGAGCUCUCAUUUAACACAAUAACUGUAAGACAAGCGGGAGGAAGUGCAGAUGCGGUUAAUUUUGGUCCAAAUGUACAGGCUCGGCAAAAUCUUGGAUCCGGAACGUGUCCCAGGUUUUCCUCCUGUUCAAGCUCCAGGUACAGAUCAGAAGACGGCAGUUGUAACAACGAAAGAGAUGGAAACUUGGGAAAGGCGGAUACAGUGCUCAGUAGAAUCCUUCCGCCUCAAUAUUUCAAUGGUGUAGAUUCUCCUAGGCGGAGUAUUUCCGGCGGAGAUCUUCCGUCCCCACGGCUAGUUUCUACAAGCUUAGCUAAAGAUGUUGAUACCAGUGACUCUAGAUAUUCUGUUAUUCUAAUGAACUUUGGACAGUUCAUUGAUCAUGAUUUAACCCAUGUUCCUGUAAUGAAGGCAGGGGAUGGAAGAGAUCUAGAUUGUUGCUCUAAUAUUGCAGGAUCUGAGUUCUCUAGUUUCUGCUCUCCUAUCUCCAUCCCAUUCAACGAUCCAUUCUUCCGAGGGCGAAAAAGUUGUAUGAACUUUGUGAGAUCUUCUCCAGGCCCAGCCUUGGACUGUAGUUUGAGGUACAGGGAGCAGAUGAACCAAUUAACUCAUUGGUUGGAUCUAAGUCAAGUUUAUGGAUCUUCGCUCAUGGAGCAGAGAGAGGUGAGAGCAUUUACCGGAGGGAGAUUAUUGAUAAAUGCUGGUCCUGAUGGUCCUCUGCUACCUGUGGAUACACAGGAAACAUCAUGUAAAGCUGGAGCAUGUAUGAAAGCUGGAGAUGGACGGGUGAAUGAGCAACCCAACCUUGGGGUUAUGCACAUUUUGUUUCUCAGGGAGCAUAAUAGAAUAGCAGGCGAGUUAUCAGCAUUGAACCCGGGUUGGAGUGACGAGCAAGUGUUUCAGGAGACAAGAAAGAUACUGAUAGGAGAAUAUCAGCAUAUUGUUUAUAAUGAAUGGCUCCCUAUUAUUCUUGGAAAACAGUUUAUGGGAUUGUUUGGAUUAUUUCCUCAAUCUCAGGGAUAUAGCGGCGAUUAUGAUCCGUCAAUAGAUCCUAGAAUAACAAAUGAGUUUGCAGCAGCAGCUCUCAGGUUCGGACACAGUCUUAUUCCUAGCUUUAUCAGGACUAACAACAGAAUAGGGAGAGAAGUAAACCCAGCCUUCUCUCUCAGGGAUUCCUUCUUUAAACCGGAACUUCUCAGGUUGCCCGGAAUGAUCGACGGUCUAGUGUCUGGGUUAACCAAAGAAAGCAUUCAACAGUUCGACUCUUCCUUCACAUCUGACGUUACAAACAAUCUGUUUGAUGGAGACGCAAACGGAAUGGAUUUAGUUGCUCUGAAUAUCCAGAGAGGCAGGGAUCAUGGUCUUCCAGGAUACACAAGAUAUCGGGAGCUCUGUGGGUUGGGUUCGACAAACUCCUUCUCCGAUCUAAGCAGACAGAUGCCGUUCAGUAGAACUGAAGAACUAAGGAAUGUUUAUGAUUCUCCCCAAGAUAUAGAUUUAUUUAUAGGUAUGAUGAGUGAAACCCCUGCUAGAGAUGCUCUGGUAGGACCAACAACUCUUUGUAUCCUGGGAGAUCAGUUUGCCAGGUUAAAGAAGGGAGACAGGUUCUUCUACGAGAACGGAGCUCAACCUGGUUCCUUCUCUUCCCAGCAGCUGGAGGAGAUCCGAAAGUCUAGUUUGACCCGUCUGUUGUGUGAUAACAGUGGUGUAGGUGAAAUCCAACCAUUGGGUUUCCAGACUCCAUCAAACUCCAACCCUCUCAUCUCAUGCAACAAUAACCAAGCUGUACCCCGCCUCAAUCUUUCCCCCUGGAGCAGAUCUAAUGUCUAGUAGGAGGGGUUUACUCGGAGUAGGACUAGUAUACUCGGAGUAGGACUUGUAUACUCGGAGUAGGACUAGUAUACUCGGAGUAGGACUUGAAUACUCGGAGUAGGACUAGUAUACUCGGAGUAGGACUAGUAUACUCGGAGUAGGACUAGUAUACUCGGAAUAGGACUAGUAUACUCCGAGAUGGACUAGUAUACUCGGAAUAGGACUAGUAUACUCGGAGUAGGACUAGUACACUCCGAGUAGGACUAGUAUACUCGGAGUAGGACUAGUAUACUCGGACUAGAACUAGUAUACUCGGAGUAGGACUAGUGUACUCGGAGUAGGACUAGUAUACUCGGAGUAGGACUAGUAUACUCGGAGUAGGACUAGUAUACUCGGAGUAGGACUACUUUGCUCGGAGUAGGACUUCUAUAACCGAAUAAGUAUUACCAAAUAAUCCAAAAAAACUAAAUUACUCAAAAUAUUUGUAUUUAUUCCUCUAAAUAAACAUUUUUAAUAAUUAUAAAAAGAAAAGUUUAGAAUUAUAUUG